AGCCUGUGGCUUAAGUACGAGAGGAGAUGCGCUACGUCUCAUGUCAUGCUUUGAGUCCUGCAGCGGCCUGCUCAACUUCUUCCGCACAGACGUCUCCCCACCUGCCUGGGAGGUGAUCCUGCGUCGGAAGGAUGCGCGUGGUGCCGACCUUUGGUGCCGGGAGCUGCGAGCACCCUCACAUUUGCAGGAGGCACUGCGCGAGGCGGCGAAGAACGGCGAUGCCAACGCGGUGAGCUCCAAGCGGAAACGUUUGGCGCUCAAUGAGGCAGUGAAGCUGAAGGCAUCGAGUUUGGUGAAGUCCCUCAUCGAAGCAGAUGCCAAUCCACAGCUCACUGAUGGCGAAGGGGAGACCGCGGUGCAAUGCGCGGAACGACUGAAGCUGGGAACGACUAUGAUGGAGCUCCUGGAGCACGAUAGUUGUAAGAAGCAAACAAAAGAGUUUCAUCAGGGCUUGAGCCUCAUUCAGAAGAUCUCCCUCUUCACCAAGAUCCACCCAUCAGAAUAUCCUCGCCUAGCGGCAGCCUUCAGCACACGUCACUGUGUGCCCGGUGAGGUGAUCAUCCAAGCUGGGCAAUCCCUCAGUGAGAUGUUCCUCAUUGCUGAUGGGGUCGCCCAAGUUUCUGGCGACAAGGUCUCUGAGCUCGGUAAGGGCUCCCAUUUCGGUGAGAAUGCCCUACUGGCGGACGGCGAAGAUGAGAUCUGCAGCGAGCAGAUUGUGGCCAAAACCUCAGUCACUCUGAAGGUGUUGACCCGCAGCAAGUUUCAGGCUUUGGGUCUGAAAAGCUGGCACAAGCGAAAGGCAGUGCGUUCGGUGGAUUCGGACCCCACCUGGGUGAAUGCCAGCUUAAAGCAGAAGACCUCCCAGGAGAUGGAGCUGAUUGAGAGGGCCUUGACCGCCAACACCAAGCUAGGACCCUUGGUAAAGGGUUUGUCCCACGACGACCUGCAGCAGAUUGCCACCAACGCCUGGCGCAUGGAGGUGGAUGAGGGCCAGCAGGUGGUUCAGCAAGGAUCUAUCAAGGCAGACAACUUCUACAUUGUCUCCGAGGGUCACCUUGAAGUCUUCAAGGAUGGAGAGAAGGUGCUGGACCUUGAGAGUGAGAGUUCCUUCGGGGAGCUGGCGCUGCUCUACCGCGCGCCUCGUGCGGCGACGGUCCAAGCCUUGACUCGCGCGAAGCUGUUUGUGGUACCACGCCAGGACCUGCGGAAGUUGAUGCAAGCACCUUUGAAAAAGAAGUUGGAAGGCUUUGCUAUUUUGUUGCAGCGUGUCGACAUUCUGAAGCACUUGACCAACGAGGAGAAGGUCAAACUGGCCAAUGUCCUCGUGGAGAUGACCUUCUACCGUGGCGAGACUAUCAUCCAGCAAGGGGAGGAAGGAGACACCUUCUAUAUCCUCUAUGAUGGACAGGUCUCAGUGGUGGUGGACGGCCAGGAGGUCACUCACUUGGAGGGGAAUGCCGUGAGCUCCACCGCCAACUUCUUUGGGGAGCGGGCGCUCCUGACUGAUGAGCCGCGUGCGGCCACGAUCAUUGCUACGACCCCCAAAGUAAGGGUUCUAGCAUUGGACCGAGAACAUUUCCUCAGUGUGGUGCAUCCUGACGAGCUCGGAGGUGGCAUGAGCCCUAAAGCCAUGGUGAAGUAUGAGUUGCGUGCACUCAAGCAGAUUGGCUUGAUUGGAUGUGGUGGAUUCGGGACCGUCACACUCCAGAGGUGCACUUUGACGGACAAAAUAUUUGCCCUGAAGACCCUCUCGAAAGGUUUCAUCGUUCAGCGAGGGCAGCAGCAAAGUGUCUUGAAUGAGAAGAACGUGCUGCGGAUGACCCAAAGUCCUUUCAUCAUUCGCUUGGCCGCUACUUUCAACGAACCACAACGUUUACAUUUUCUAUUGGAGCCCGCCCUGGGCGGCGACCUCUUUACGGUGUAUCAGAAGAAUGAGUUUCACGGAUCGGUGGUGCAUGCCCAGUUUUAUGUUGCAUGCGUGGUGCGUGCAUUUCAGCACCUCCACCAACGGCACAUCAUCUACCGUGACAUGAAGCCGGAAAACCUUUUGCUGGACUCCAAGGGCUACUGCAAGGUUGCUGACUUCGGCCUAGCGAAGUUCGUCAUAGGCUAUGCAUACACCACCUGUGGAACCCCGGAGUACUUCGCCCCAGAGAUGGUCCUGCACAUGGGCCAUUCGACUGGGGUGGAUUGGUGGUCCCUCGGGAUCCUCGCCUAUGAGCUCGUUGUGGGAGAUUCGCCCUUUGCAGCAUCCGAGCCGAUGCAAGUCUUUCGACUCAUCAAGCAAGGCAUUCAGGCUGUAGUUUUCCCCAAAUCGCCACCCGGUGCUUGGGCUGAGUUCGUACAAGCGCUGUGCCAAGAGGAGCCCUCCGAGCGGCUGCCCAUGCGACGGGGAGGUGUCCACAACGUCGAGGUGCACGACUUCUAUUCUGGCUUUGACUGGGCGGCCCUGGACAGCCGCACCAUGAUUGCGCCGUUCGUCCCAGUCUUGAAGCGGCAAGACAGUUUGGCAAACUUUGACGUAGGAGACGUGCGGCGGCCGCCAACAAUACGCUACGAAGAUACUGGCUGUCGUCUCCACUCUCUUCAUCACGCCCUUCCUGGGGCUUGGAUUCCGCUUUGUUGUUUCGACUGCCAGAGCCGGACCUUGGUCAAGCCGCCUGCGGGAAGCUCCGAGCCCUUGACAUGAUGGACCAACUCGACCAACCGCUUGCUUCACAAGCCACUGCUGACCUCAGGCCAGCUCCUCUCAGGCCUUGUGCGCCACACCAACAUCGCCCAUGCAUAAGCUCAGUGCGCUCCUGUUGUCACCAUGGAUGCAGCGCUUAAUUUUCGAGCCCAAGAGGCGUUCAACCAGUGAUGCCAUCACGAAUGGCUGCCUUGAUGAGCUCCACAUGAUCAAGAACCGGCUGGGACGAUGACUUUGAAGACCGCCGUGGGCCCAAGAACUUCUGAUGCUGCGUUGAGCUAGGUGAGGGGCAGGAGCUGUUUGUAACAUACACCUACGAUCACCUACGUACAUAAAUCAGGAAGGCAUGG